AUGGACCCCCAAAGUCGGACACUGACGCCACUGCCCAGCGUCCUCCGGCGCGGCCUUACGGCCGUCUCCUUCUUCGGCUUCCUUUCCUUCCUCACCACAACAGCACUAUUCUUCGUCCUCACGUAUAGGCUGUUAUCAUGGUACUUCUCACCAGCCCCGGACUUGCCGCAGCGCAUGUCCGACGAGCGGAAUCCAGAUGCCGCGCUGGCCGAAGAAAUGGGUCUCCCGGAAACCGUGUAUGAGGCCGGCAACCGGAAGAAGACAAAGCGGGAUGCGCCUAAUCAGUUUCUCAUCCUCAUUUACAACUUGUUGCUGGCCGAUAUCCAGCAGGCCCUGGCCUUCUUGCUCAAUGCCUCUUGGCUCGUCAAGGACGGUAUCAUGGUCGGGACCUCGACGUGCUGGGCCCAGGGUUGGUUUGUAUCGACCGGCGAUUUGGCUUCGAGUGUCUUCAUCACCACCAUUGCCGUGCACACGUACCUCUCGGUUGUGAGGCAGUACAAGUUGCCCACGUGGGGCUUUUACACAAUGAUCUUGUCCGUGUGGUUCUUCAUCUACGCCCUGGCCGUGGCUGGCAUCAUCAUCACCAACAACGGAGCGGAUGACGGCGGCUUGUACGUCCGAGCCGCUGCUUGGUGCUGGGUCAACGUCCGCUACGAAGCCAUGCGUCUCUACCUCCACUAUCUCUGGAUGUUCGUCUCAUUCUUCGUAACAGCUAUUCUCUACAUCCUCAUUUUCAACCACAUCCGUCGCACGGAUCCCUCUCUUCAACUCCCUUCGUCAUCCAACAACUCCUCUUCGUCAAAGAACACCCGGGGUCGCAGAAUGAGCCAUGCGCAGACCCUCUCCCAGUCCGGUAUCCCCAAGACCUCUGCGCAACAGCAGCAGCAGCAGCAGCAAGCGUCAUCCCCGAGCAACGCCGGCCACCACCCUGCCUUCCUGAUCUAUCCCAUCAUCUACAUUCUCUGCACCGCCCCCCUGGCCCUGGGUCGUGUGAUCACCAUGGCCGGAAAGGAGGUCUCGCUCGCGUACUUCUGUCUCGCGGGUGCCAUGAUCGCGUCCAACGGCUGGCUCGACGUCCUGCUCUUCUCCACCACCCGUCACGUCAUUAUCUUCGGCGCGUCGCCCGACUACGAGGACACGGGUCUCGACACCUUCGCUUUCAUGCGGACUCCGGCGAACCGCCGAUACGGAAACAUGGUGUGGGUCCAGGGAGCCGGAAGCAACCCCACCCACCUCACCCCGAGUGACGAGGGCACGGGCGGGUGGCUCUGGAAGUUGUUCCGCCGGGGCAGUCGCCGGGGCAUCAAGAGAGAUGGCCACCACCGAGGUGGCGCCCACCGGAGCAUCAGCCAGGAGUCUCUGAGACGGCGUGGCGCGAUGGAGGGCAUCCAGAUGGAGACAGUCACGACUGUUGUGGUCGAGAGGGAGGACCAACCCGGCGGAGGCAAACGGGCCAACGGCCGUUCACAAUCUAUCGAAAGCAUCGACAAGGAGCGGGCGCAGAGCGUCGGCAGCCUCUAA